AUGGCACGUAGUGUUCCCAAAUGGCCAUCCACCAAAAGAACCAAAGGUAAUAAUAAUUCUAAACAAGAUGGUCAAGAUGAGCAAAAUCAAAUCUGUAAGAUUUAUAAUGAAGAUGGUGAACCAAGUGAUAAAUCAAGUAAUGAUAUUUUUAAUAAUUCUUUUGAAGAACAACCAGUUACAGAAUUACAUUCGAUACCGACGACAUCAUCGUCAUUAAAGUCAUUUAAUUCAAAUUUAUCGAAUUCUAGUAAUUUAGGUAAUAAUAGAUUUAGUAGACUAGAUAUUGGGAACUUUGUUAAUCUUCCAUGUACAAUAGUUAUUGAUGAAAAAACAAAACAUGAACUAUUAACCAAUAUCUGGACACCAGAAAUUAAGUAUAGUUUCAAGAAAGAUAGUACGUCAGUUGCUCGUUGUUUUCGGCAUGAAUGGUUAAGUACAUAUUCACCAUGGUUAUCUUAUUCUCAAAAAAUGAAAGGUCCAUUUUGUGUGUUCUAUUUCAUUCAUCUAGUGGUCAUGGUUUUUUCUAACAAAGCUUCAACUGUUUUUGAUAAAAUUAACACUUCUCAUAAGUUAUUGAUUGAUAAUAAUAGGAAAAAAAUUUUUCCUAUUAUUUCAAGUAUACUAUUUUGUGGUACUCAAGAAAUUGCUUUGCGUGGAAAAACAUCAAAUGAAGGAAAUUUCAAUUCUUUAAUUAACUUUAGAAUUGAAGCUGGUGAUAAAAUUUUACAAAGUCAUUUAGAAUCAAGCCCCAAAAAUUCCAAAUGUAUUUCAGCUAGAGUUCAAAAUGAAAUAAUUAAUAUUACAGGAAAAAUAAUCUUGAGCAGAAUAACAAAUUAUUUAGUGAAAUCGCGAUCAUUUUUUUCUAUACUCGCUGAUGAGACUGCUGAUAUUUCUGGUACCGAACAGUUAUCCAUAGGCAUAAGAUAUAUCUCAUUUGAAUCAGAAAACCCUGUAGUUAAAGAAGAAUUUUUAGGUUUUGUUGCAUUAACAGAUAUACAUGCUAAAACUGUAGCAAAAUCUAUAAUACAUUUUUUGAGACACUCUGGUCUUAAUUUAAACAAUUUAAUAGGACAAGGAUAUGAUGGUUUUAGUGCUAUGUCAGGUAUUCAUAAUGGUGUCCAAGCAAUUAUUAAAAAUGAAUUUCCUAAAGCUCAUAUUCAAAAUUGUGCUGGAAUUAUCAAGUCGAUUAUUAAAUUUUUUAGGUUAAGUCCUAAAAGAAGAAAAAGAAUAGAAAAAAUCCCUUUAUUUUGCGAGACUAGAUGGUCAGAAAAAUAUAAAACUAUAAGAAUUUUUAGUGAACAUUUUGUUGGAAUAGUUGAACAAUUAGAAAUAAUAUCUAUGGAAACAUGCUUUGAUUCACAAACAAAAAGUCAAGCAUUUCAGUUACACAGUGCAGCAACUAAAUCAAAUUUUAUAGUGUGUUUAUUCAUAAUGGCAAAAUUUUCUGCUCAACUAGAACCUAUAACGAAUGCAUUACAAGCAAUACAGUUAGAUUUAUCUCAAGCUAAAAAAUAUAUUACUGAAAUCAUUGAAGUUUUUAACAACCUGGAUGCGAAAAAUUAUUUUCAUGAGAUUUUUAAAAAGGCUCAAAAUGUUGCAAAUGAGCUUGGAGAAGAAAUUGAAAUUCCUCGUAUUGUUUUUAACCAAAAGCAUCGUUUAAAUCAUCUAAUAAAUACUCCUGAAGAUUAUUUUAGAGUUUCCUUAUAA